UUGCCUUACGGUGAGGGCUCGCGCCUGCAAAAUUUAAUCGAUUCCGCCCGACGUCAAUCAAUACCUGGGAUUCUUUUCGCGCGACAGCACACUUUUCUUAAAGAGAUCAUACCACAAGGAAAAUGGCGGAGACGGCAGAUCCUGCAAGCACACCUGGCGAGUUGCCAAAACAGGCCGCCGAACCAACCGAUGCGCUGGCUGCACCGACGAGCACCUCUGCCGAAGAUUCUACGUUUUCAGCCGUGGAUGUUUCUCUGCCCCCUAUAGAUAAAUCUCUACCAGCGAUGGACACCCCUGUGACAAGUGUAGACACAACGCUCCCACCACUGGACCCAUCAAUACCGUCUCUGCCGCCAAUUGACACAUCCUUACCUCCGAUAGACACUACCUUGCCAGCUACAGACGGGGGUUUGGGAACAGAUACGCAUUUCUCGUUCGACGAUCCAGACCCAAAACACGAUGACGGAGGACUCGGCGGGCCGGAGCCUACUACGCAUGUUUCGGCAACACCUGGUAGUAAUAUUGGUGAACAACCGGGACCUUCGCCUGCUCCCGACUCUUCAUGGCAGCUGCCGUCCAAUGGUACACAUUCGCAACACCUACCUCCACUACAGAACCAAUCAGUGCAACCGCAAUCACAGUCGCAGUAUCAGCAGCCACAGCAACAGCAACAGCAACAUGCGCCGUCACAGCAGUAUCAACCCCAGCAGCCACAGCAGCAGGGUCAAAUGCAGUCGCAACCCCAGUCGCAACAAUACCAGCAGCAGAGCUCCGACAUGUAUCACAACCAUCAAGCUAGUUCUGCACCGAUGAACGCACCCUCGAUGCAGACAAUGGACCAUCACUCUACCCAGGGACAGACGUCGCAUGUGCCACAAGCCCCCAUCGGAUCGCCCAUGCCCCCAAUGGCCUCGGUAGGCCAGUACAUGACGGGUUAUCCAAACAACGUUGGGCAAAUGGGAAUGAAUUCGAGUGCGCAAAUGCGGUACCAACUACCAGGAGACCCGAACAAGAUGCUCUCUGGCGGCCGACAUAAGAAGGAAGUCAAGCGCAGAACCAAGACAGGUUGUUUAACAUGUCGAAAACGGAGAAUCAAGUGCGACGAAGGCCAUCCCGUCUGCCGAAACUGCGUCAAAAGUAAACGUGAAUGUUUAGGUUACGAUCCGGUCUUUAAACAACAACCGACUCCUUCUGCUAUACAACCAGCUCCGAACCCACAUCCGUCGCUGGUGGUCAACCCGCAAGAUCCUUCCACCUCGUCGUCGACCCCCACAUACCCUUCUGCUCCUCCGGGUUACGUGCCUGCGGUCUCUCAGCCUUUUGCUCCGUCCGAGUCUCCCAGCACGUCCACCGAGAGAUACGAUUACGGCGCGCAGAUCGAUCCAACAUUGGACGGAAACAACUCUUCGAACAUGGCCAGUGUGCAGAAUGCUGUAGAGGGUGGCUUGCAGCCGACUGUCAAUCCGGCGAACACCACGACAUCGUCGGACCCUACAAGCUUCAGAGUGAAGCAAGUCCAAAUCAGCGAUCUUCUGGCGCUGAGAGGGAUUCCUCCUCCCCCACCUCAUCCUAUUACUGCCAUUCAGCCGAACCGUCUAGAAGAAAUCAAGGCGGUGUUCCUUGCCACAUAUGCGCCUGCCAUUGACAAAUUCUUCGAGACGCGUUGGUUCCAGGAGAAGGCUUUGACUCACCUUUUGGCCAAUGCCCAGCUCAUGGCCGAGUAUUCGGCGCUAAUCGAGGCAUUCAACGAUCAGAACCUCAAUGACCCGAAUGUCAUCGCACGACUAGAAAGCUUUGAAGCAUCCGUGGUCUGGAGCUCCAUGACGUUAUGCCGUCAUGUUAUGAAUGUGUCGAAUGGAAGCCAUGGCCAAGAUUAUGAUUUAUUAGCCGCUUCUAAACGACUGGACGUCAUUGAGGCCAUGAUCACGGGCGAACAUCUGGACUCGAAUCCCUUGGCACAGUUUCCUCCCAGAGAAACGCCCACAAAUCCCCCGUGUCUAUCGGAUCAGUUAGCGCAACGAUCGCUGGAUUUCUGGAGCGCAGUUGGCCACUUUCUUACUCUCCAUGACAACGAGGCUAGUUCAGCCAAAGAGAUUGACGAUACACUGGGCCGUUGCCGCACGCUGUUGGAUACGUUUGAAAACCGUGAUGUGAUCUAUUCAAUCGCUAUUGCGCGUCAUCUCGGACAGCGCUGGGCAGAUUUCCCGCGCAGCUUCCCCCAACCCAUCACAACGAACGAGAAGGAUGCUGGAGCUAAGCUCUACGUUGCACAGAAGUUCCUCGAACAAGAAGCAGGUGGGAAAGGCACCACGCAAGUUAUCAAACGUAUUUGCGGUAUGGUGGUCCGUUCCUGGUUCGUAUCACGGGAGUAAAAAGUUAUCGGGCUUUGUCCGACUUGCAUUUGAUGACUCUGGCGUGGAUUUUGUACUAUGGGAGAAAGAGCCCUCGCACACUGCCGGCGAAGUUUUUUUUGGGGCUUUUUUUUAAUGAUGUUUAACUAGACCUGUUCUUUC